UGUGUAAACUCAACUGCUUCCCACAGAUCGUAUCAUUCGGCUUCCAGCUUCUCCACGCAGAGUCUUCGCGUGCUUUUACCUCACUGACUCCAGCUGGACCCGCGCAGUUCGGAAUAACAUGACUUGAAUCUGAAGACUACCCUGACAAACAAAUGUAAAAAAUAAAAUUAAGUCAAGUCUUGUGGAAAGAGCCCACCGUAUGUCUUUAAGAGCAACUAUGGGGGGAGUGUCUGAUUCGAUUCAUCUCUGGACAGACUAGCCGAAGAGCCGCUGGACCCGAUCCCGAACUGUCCUGUUGUUGUUGUUGUUUUUUCCUGGAGCUAUUUUAACGCUGGCUGGGAAUACAGUGCAACUUGGAUAAAAGCGUAUAUUGUGCUUUUGGAGAAAAUUAAUGAUGAUGUUGGUGAUGAUGGACGCGCUGAGUCUCCACGCGCUCGCGCUCUUCUGCGCGCUACGCACCACGCUGGCAGCCAAUAACUAUCACUGCAAUGGGCCGCUGGUCUCUGCUCUUCCUCCUACAUCAUUCCAGAGCUCCUCAUCUUCAUCCGACAGUCAGUCUCCAUAUUUUGCAAAACUCAACAGAAGAGAUGGAGGUGGCGGCUGGGCUCCGGAGCGAACAGACAGGCUACGAUGGCUACAGGUGGACCUGCAAGAAAGGGUCGAGGUCACAGCUGUGGCGACCCAGGGUCGUUUCGGGAGUCCUGAUUGGGUUACGAGUUACAUGUUGCUGUACAGUGACACAGGGAGAGCUUGGAAGCAGUUCAGACAGGAGGACAACAUAGGGACGUUCCCUGGAAACACAAAUUCAGAUGGGGUUGUUCACCACAAGCUCUCGCACUCAAUACGAACACGGUUUCUGCGGUUCUUGCCGAUGGAUUGGAGUCCCGGAGGAUGGAUGGGCCUCAGAGUGGAGGUCUAUGGCUGCGCAUACAAGUCUGAUGUGGCGGACUUCAAUGGAAGGAGCUCUCUACUGUAUCGGUUUAACCAGAAAUCCACCAGCACGGUGAAAGACGUCAUUUCAUUGCGGUUUAAGAGCCAACGAGCUGACGGGGUCCUUGUGCACGGAGAGGGACAAAGGGGUGAUUACAUAACGCUAGAGCUGCACAAGGGCCGGCUUGCCCUGCAUAUCAAUCUGGACGAUGCUAAGACGCACCCAAGCAGCGGCCAUGUGUCAGUGUUUUUGGGUGGUCUUCUGGAUGACCAGCACUGGCACUCCGUCCUGAUUGAGCGAUUUAACAAACAGAUCAACUUCACUGUGGACAGACUGACCAAACACGUCAGGACGGGUGGACUGGACGAUUCUCUGGAGGUCGAUUAUGAGCUCAGCUUCGGCGGCAUCCCUCUUCCUGGAAAACCAGGCACGUUCCUGCGCAAAAACUUCCAUGGCUGCAUGGAGAACCUCUACUACAACGGCGUCAACAUCAUCGACCUGGCCAAACGCCGCAAACCACAGAUCUACAGUGUGGGUAACGUGAGCUUCUCGUGCUCGGAGCCGGUUCUGAUCUCCUCCACCUUUUUGAGCUCCAGCAGCAGUUUUCUGGCUCUUCCUCUGGACUCGGCUGCAGAAACGCUGUCAGUGAGCCUCCAGUUCAGGACGUGGAAUCGGGAAGGCAUGUUACUGUCCGUUGGCCUGGGGAAAGAUUCUGAGAAACUGCUUUUGCUUCUCGUUCAUGGGCAGCUGAGACUCUCGCACCACAGAUCAGCACUGCAGAGCUCUGAUAUAGUCAUUGGUCAGGCUCUGAGUGACGGUCAAUGGCACACGCUGUCCAUUAGCAUAGCAGGUUACCAGGUGUCGCUGGCGGUAGACGACGAGCCUCCGUCCACCAUGCAGAUGAAGGAGGUUGCGCUGCCGGGGAAGAGCCUGCUAAUUGGAGGAUGCCCAUCAGUGUUGAGCAAUCAGGGUUGUCGGAAUCCCACGAUGGCCUAUCAAGGCUGCAUGCGCUCUGUUGUCAUCAACAACAAGCCAAUCAACUUCUACCUGGUGCAGCAAGGCCUGCUCGGAAACUACAGCAAGCUCCAGUUUGACAUCUGUGGCAUCCGUGACAGAUGUCUUCCUAACUACUGCGAGCAUGAUGGAGUGUGCUCUCAAUCCUGGAGCACGUUUUUCUGCGACUGCUCGGGAACAGGAUACACCGGAGCCACCUGUCAUAACUCCAUCUUUGAACCGUCCUGCGAGGCUCACCGACUCACAGGAAGCGCCUCAGGCUUUUUCUCGAUCGAUCCUGAUGGAAGCGGACCGCUCAAAUCCACCGUCGUCUACUGCAACAUCACUGAUGAUAAAGUUUGGACUGUGGUGAAUCAUAACAGCACUGCAAUGGUUCGAGUUCAAGGUUCAUCUCUUCAGCAGCCUCAUGUCAUGACGUUUAACUACAGCACAUCUCUGGAACAGCUGCGGACACUCGUGGGCAGAUCUGAACACUGCCAGCAGGAAGUUGUUUAUCUCUGCAGGAAGUCCCGCCUCUUCAACACAUGGGAUGGGACGCCCUUGUCCUGGUGGCUUGACCGGGCAGGAGAGAGAAGGACGUACUGGGGCGGUUUCCUCCCCGGAGUCCAGCAGUGCGCUUGCAGUCUGGAUGAAAACUGCAUCGACAUGAAUCACUUCUGCAACUGCGACGCCGAUCGCAGCUCAUGGGAGAAUGACACAGGAAUUUUGUCCUACAAAGAGCAUCUACCAGUCACUGAGAUCUUGGUUGGAGACACAAACCGAAGCGGCUCAGAAGCCAUUUACAGGAUCGGCUCUCUGCACUGCUUUGGGGACAGGUUUCUGUGGAACGCAGCUUCAUUCUAUCAGGAGUCCUCGUAUCUUCACUUCCCCACACUUCAAGCUGAGCUGAGUGUCGACAUCUCGCUGUAUUUCAAGACCACCGCUCCCUCAGGGGUCUUCCUGGAGAAUCUGGGCACUAAAGACUUCAUUAGACUGGAGCUCAGCGGGCCCUCUGUGGUAACCUUCACGUUUGACGUAGGCAACGGCCCGGUAGUUCUGACGGUGAAGUCUCACGUUCCUCUGAAUGACAAGCAGUGGCAUUACGUUCGAUCGGAGAGGAAUGUGAGGGAGGCGUCGCUGCAGGUGGACCAGCUGCCCUUACGCUUCCUGGAGGCUCCAUCCGAAGGCCACACCCACCUUCAGCUCAACAGCCAGCUGUUCAUUGGAGGUACAGCAUCGAGGCAGAGAGGAUUUUUAGGGUGCAUCAGGUCAUUAAACAUCAACGGGAUGACGCUUGACCUUGAGGAACGGGCUAAAAUGACCCCCGGGGUCAGUUCGGGAUGUCCAGGUCAUUGCAGCAGCCAAAACAGCUUGUGUCACAACAGGGGGAAGUGUAUUGAGAAGAGCAGCGGAUACGUUUGUGACUGCACACACUCUGCCUACGGAGGACCCAACUGCAAAAAAGAGGUUUCCGUGUCAUUUGAAAGCGGGUCCUCGGUGACCUACACCUUCCAGGAGCCGUUUUCUGUGAUGCGCAACCACAGCCGUCAGUCCUCCGCGAUCUUCGCCCAAAGCAGCAAUUCACGGGAGAGCAUCGCUUUCAGUUUCCUCACAACUCAGACGCCUGCCAUGCUUCUGACCGUCAACACCUAUCAUCAGCAGUACAUGGCCAUUAUUCUGGCUCACAAUGGGAGUUUGCAGAUUUGGUAUCGGCUGAACAGAGAGAAAGAUCCUGACAUCUUUAUGCCAACGUCCCUUAAUUUGGCCAAUGGGGAGCUUCACAGAGUUCAGAUUCAUCGAGAGGGACGGGACAUGUAUGUCCAGAUUGAUAAAGAUACCAAUCUGAAAUACAGCCUGUCGACGGACAAAGAGUUGAUCACGAUAAGGUCUUUGACAUUGGGGAAAGUCACAGGUCGAGCUGGUGUUGAUGAAGAGGUUCUGCAGGCGGGAUCGAGAGGUUUUAUUGGCUGCCUGUCUUCAGUUCAGUUCAACCAUUUGGCUCCUCUCAAGGCAGCCAUAUUAAAUCGAGGAAGUUCGUUGGUCAACGUCCUUGGUAACCUGGUAGAGUCCAAUUGUGGAGAGCUUGCGGAUAAGUCUUCAUCCAGAUCUUUGUCAGAUUCUACAGAUACAGGAAGUAGAGGAAAGAAACUUUUGAAUGCUCAAAAUGACUCUGCGGUAAUUGGAGGUUUGAUAGCAGCAGUAGUGCUCAUUACCCUCUGCGCUGUGGCUGUGAUGACCCGCUUCCUCUACCGACAUCGACACGACCGUACACGGCAGAUGGCCCCCGUCAAGGAGAAAGAUCACCAACCUCGGCCAGAACUCAGAUACCGGGCUGAGCUGGACCUUCACAGUGCCAUGAGAGACAGCAGGAAAGAGUACUUCAUCUGACCCAUGGCAUAUAAACCUUGUGACCUCCACUGAGUCGCUGUGACCCUGCGCUGUGCGCCAACUCUGUGGACAGGGAUUGGGGACAGGAAGUCAGCUGAGCCUUGUGGACACAGCCAGUGCCCUUCAACCCACCCAACCACUGUCCUUUAGCAUCCAGGAUUCAGGAAACAGAAAGUACACACCAGAGAAAUGUUGAAUUACGGCUGUAUGCAGAUGGAUUUUGACAGCCCGGGUUCAUAUCGGUUGUUCUUUGCUGCGGUUUUAGACAAAGAGUUAGAAGAUCAGGUGGCUUCAAAGCUCAGAAGCCGUACCCAAACAUGGCCUUCAGCCCUUCGCAGAGGAUGGAGAAUCAAACGUUUGAAGCGACUCUUUUGCUUUCAGGGCUAAUUAUUUAACCAGACAACAAAGAGAUUACAGAGACGUUUGUGUGCCACACAUGCGAAUCACUCUGGCAGACAAACAAACACUCAACGGUUUCCGUUCUGUGGACCGUGACCAAUCAAACGGCUCUGGUGCGGUACUAAUCCAGCACGAAUGGUCUUGUUCGGCCAUGGGCAAGCACGAUGUAGUGAUGCAAAUAAAGUGGGUGAUGUUACCACCGGG